AUCAAAGGAUUUUGUGGCGAUUUGAUUCAGCAGAUCCUAUCAAAAGCUAUGAAUUGAUGACGGUGACGUACGGAUUGGGUCCAUCGUCGUUUCUUGCGACCCGAACUUUGCAGCAGCUUGCAGACGAUGAAGGUGAUGCCUACCCCCUUGGCAAAGCCGCCCUCCGUAAGAGCUUUUACGUUGACGACUUUAUUGGCGGAGCUCAAUCCAUUACUGAAGCAAUUCAAUUGAGGGCGGAACUAAGCGAGCUCCUAGCCAAAGGUGGCUUUGCUCUUCGCAAGUGGACGUCAAACCAACUACCGGUUCUUGCAGGAUUGUCAUCUGAUGAAAUUGGCACUCAAUCGGCUAUCAAGUUUGAUACGAAUGAAACGGUUAAGGCGCUUGGUAUCUCCUGGGAACCCGAAUCUGAUACACUCCGUUUUGACUCCGAGAUCUAUCAACGCAAAGGAACGCCAACAAAACGCUCAAUCCUUUCGGCGAUUUCACAACUAUUCGACCCCUUGGGGUUAAUUUCACCGAUUGUCAUCAAUGGAAAGUUAUUGAUGCAACGCUUGUGGCUGCUACCAUGCUCGUGGGAUGAUGAAGUACCGGACUACAUCGCAACUGCUUGGGAGAAUCUAUCCGCACAACUUCCUAAGGUUGCCAACUUUCGUGUCAGCCAAUAUGCCCUUCUACCAAAGUCCACCAUCCAACUUCAUACGUUCUGUGACGCAUCGGAAUCAGCGUAUGGGGCAUGUACAUAUGCAAGAUGUAUCGAUUCAACCGGACAGGUUCGUGUACAGCUUCUAGCAUCCAAAUCUCGAGUGACGCCGUUGAAGAAGAUAUCGCUACCUCGUUUAGAGCUGUGCGCUGCUGACGUUGGAGCGAAACUAUACAACCGAAUCGUCGAGGCUCUCCAGAUUCCUUUAUCAGGAUCAUAUUUUUGGUCCGAUUCUACGGUUACCCUGCAGUGGCUGCGUGCCCCUCCCAAUACAUGGAAAACCUUUGUGGCAAACCGGGUGUCGGAAAUCCAAUCCUCAACCCACGGUGCAUUUUGGAAUCACGUCGCAGGAACGGAGAAUCCAGCGGACCUUCUCUCCCGCGGCAUGCACGUCGAUGAUUUUCUUAGUAGCAGAAUUUGGAAACAUGGCCCAGAAUGGUUGUUACGUCUUGAAGCCGACCGGCCUAUCACCAAAUUAUCUGAGUAUCCAGCAGACGGGAAGGAACGACGAAAGGUGAUUGUUGCUGUAGCAAGGAUAAAAACUGCAUCUAAUACCGUCAACCCGAUCUUCGCCCGAUUUUCCUCGUAUGAGCGCCUGCUUCGAUCCACUGCCUACAUUCUACGUUUCAUCGGCAACUUACGAAAAAAGACCCGUACCCAACCAUCUCCAUUCACUGGAUUACCGCCUAGCAUUUCUCUAACAGUAGACCACCUAAACGCCGCAGAAAGGAUGAUUAUUAAACUCGCACAGGCGGAUUCAUUCCACGAUGAAAUUAGAGAAAUGCAACACAACAAAGCAGUCUCAAAACGUUCGCCCAUUCGUUUGUUGACUCCGUUCAUAGACCCUGAGGGAAUCAUUCGAGUAGGGGGGAGACUGAGGCUUUCAGACCAGCCAUUCCUUGUCAAACAUCCUGCAUUACUGCCAAAUAACCAUCCUAUAUCCCGGCUUGUUGCUAAAUCCUUCCACCUAAUGCUCAUUCACGGUGGCGGCCGCGUAACUCUGGCUGCCAUGCGAGAGAAAUAUUGGCCAGUGCACGGUCGACGACUUGUCCAAAGUGUCAUUCGCAGCUGCUACCGAUGUGCCCGAGCCGAUCCCGCACCGACAGCCCAGCAGAUUGGACAGCUUCCUUUACAUCGAAUCACGCCCAGCCGACCGUUUGCCAUUUCUGGAGUCGAUUACGCUGGACCCGUGUAUCUGAAGCCGAUACAUAAACGAGCCGCUGCAAUGAAAGCAUAUAUUUGCAUUUUUGUCUGCUUCUGCACCAAGGCGGUGCAUAUCGAGCUGGUGAGUGACUUGUCGACGCAGGCCUUCCUUUCCGCACUUCGCCGUUUCAUCGCUCGCCGAGGACAUCCUUCCGCAAUAUACUCGGACAACGGGAAAAAUUUUGAAGGCGCCGCCAAUGAGCUGGAAGAGGUAUACCGAAUGCUGCAGGACGAAACUCAGAUAAACCAGAUCACGUCUGACACCCCCUGCGAACGAAUUACAUGGCACUUCAGUCCACCGAAAGCACCACACUUCGGAGGGCUUUGGGAGGCGGCGGUAAAGGUGGCCAAGCGCCAGCUGUACCGGCAACUCGGAAACUCUAAGUUGUCCUUCGAGGAUCUGACCACCGUGCUGAUGCAGAUAGAGGCGAGCAUGAACUCGCGGCCCAUCGUUCCGUUGAGCGAGGAUCCAAACGACUUAGCUGCAAUAACUCCGGCUCAUUUUUUAAUCGGGAGUACUAUGCACUCUUUAGCAGAACCGAAUCUUUGCGGAAUAUCACUAAAUCGACUAGACCACUACCAACGUCUUCAGCGCACAUACCAGCAAUUCUGGCAUCACUGGAGGACAGAGUAUCUGCAAGAGUUACAACGGGACACCAAAACUUGUAAACCUAACACCGACGUACGGCCAGGAAGAUUAGUUGUUCUGAUGGACGAGAUGCAGAUCCCGGUGAAGUGGCCGCUUGCCAGAAUAAUUGCCAUUCAUCCCGGGCAAGACGAUCUAGUGCGAGUCGUAACACUGCGUACCAAUCGAGGAAUCAUCAAGAGGCCAAUCACCAAGAUCUGCUUGCUUCCGUUGGAAGAAAGGGAUGCCGAACUACCGCACGGAGGCGAUCAACCCACAACCCACCCUGCGGAAACCCAAAAGGAUCACACUGGAGAAGAACUCUAAAUUUAUUAUACUUGAAUUUUUUUUAUAUAACAUUGUAAUAUCUAUAAUUAGUAACCAUUAGGAAAUUUGAAAUCUAUAUUUUCAAGGUGGCGGCGAUGUUGCAACACUGAUGCCACAGAUCAAUGUUGCGCUGUGCUAUAAAAAUGAUCGUUCGACUGAGUGGACGAGCCCAAUCACUUACAGACGCGAAACCACUUGCACCACCACAAGCGCGCAAUGUAAGUGAUAAGGUUCUAUCACUUCUGCUGCCCACCAUCUCGAUCAGUUCUGUUAGUAUCAUCGAGUCGAUCACACGUUUGUUUUUUUGGCGAGCAAGUAAAUUGCCUUGUUAUUAGUGAGGUUUGAUGUGAUAUCUGGACAUCCGAAACCCUGCUUGCUGUUCGUCAAUCGAAAUACUCGGCUUGGGCUAUUUUUUACUCACCGAUGAAUAGCCGCAUGUGCUACUGCUGGUUGAUCAAUUUAAUUGCAUGAUUGCCCGUACCGUCGUUCUAUCAACCAUCCCUGGUAUUUCCCAGCCUAUUUCGA